UCUAAGAAUGUAGGCACUGCUGGCACUAUUUAUAUUGGCAUGAUCGGCUGUGGUGAGGCACCAGUGACUUCAAUCACACUUUUGGUGAAUUAGGGAUAGGACACUGCAGCAAGUUCAAUAACAUCAUGAGCGCUGAAUUGCAGGAAUCCCUGAAGAGCAAAUUGUUGCAGUUGGAUUGUCAUUUUACAUGGGGUCUGAAAAAUAACUUCAUUGAUAUUGAAGAUUAUGAAGAAAGGAUGCACAAUGAAAUAGACUUUGCAGAGAUGAAGUCUGUGUACCACUGCUACAACCGUCUGGCUUAUGCAAGCUACAUGAAAGGAAAUUAUGAAGAAGCCCUUGCACAUUUACAGAAAGCUGAAGAAAGCAUAAGGAAAGAUCAUGCCAGUGAUCUAGACCAGCAUAGUGUUGUUACUUAUGGCAACUUUGCAUGGGUGUACUACUACAUAGAUAGAACAACUGAAUCUGAAAACUAUCUUCAGAAGGUGCAAAAUAUUUGUAGAAAAUUAGGGAGUCCUUCCUUGUAUACAGUUCCACUUACUGAAGUAUAUGUCGAAAAAGGCUGGACAUUACUCACAUUUUGCAGACUGUAUUAUGCAGAAGCAGCAGAGUGUUUUGAAAAAGCCCUCAAAGAAAAUCCCAGUGACCCAGAGAGCAAUUCUGGGUAUGCAGUAGCUUUGUACCGUCUUGAAGCUCCUGCAUAUAUAAAGUAUAUCCCUGAACAGAGUAAAUCCUUAUGCCAGCUGAGACAGGCAUUAGCAAUAAAUCCAAACGAUACAUUAUGCAUGGUGUUGCUUGGCUUGAAACUUCAGGAUUUUGGUAAACAAAGAGAAGGGUUUGAGUAUAUUGAGCAAGCAAUUCAGAAGUCUCCAGAUGUUCCACAUAUAAUACGUUACAUAGCUAAGUUCUUAAGAAAGUAUGGGUACGUUGAUAUGUCUCUUGAGUUGCUAAAAAAUGCAUUAGAAAAGACACCAAACUCUGCAUUCCUACACCAUCAAGUGGGUAUCUGUUAUAAACAGAAGAGGGUUAAUUUAAGAGUUAAUAAUACUGAUCCUAAAAGUCACUACAUAUUAAUAGAUCAUUUAACUAGAAAGAGCAUUUAUCAUUUUGAAUUAGCUGUGGAACUUAAGCCACAAUUUCAAUAUGCACUUAAGGAUUUGGCAACUAUGUAUAUAGAAGCUCGCAACUAUGAAAAAGCUGAAAUAUGUUUUAAGAAACUUUAUGAUAUACCUAGCAAUAUACCAGAGAACCUGCAGGAAAUACAUUUGGCUUAUGGACUGUUCCAACUGAAAAACAAAAAGUCAGAAUCAGAUGCUGUUCUGUAUUUCAAAGAAGGGUGUAAAAUUAAAAAUCCCUCAGAGCCAAGGUAUAAGUGUAGUAGCAAUCUCCUUAAGAUUGCUGAGAGAAAGUUAUAUAUAAAUCCUAAAGAUAGCACAGCUCAUGGCAUUCUUGGAUUUGUUCACCUUCAGAAUGAAGAAAGGUCACGAGCAAUUGAAUGCUACAAGAAAGCCCUGCAGUAUGAUCCUGACAAUGUAGAAUAUUUAAAUGCACUCACUGAACUUCAACUCUCACUCUAGGAAAGAAGUGUGAUGUACAGCUUCAUAACAAAGGUUAACCAUGAUGCCUGUCAUAUCUGAUUAGCAAGUGUGUAAUAGUUUAAAAUAAGCAGGAUGUAAGGAAGCCACUUCUUCUUCUUCUUCUUCUUUCGGCUUUUUCCCGGUUAGGGGUCGCCACAGCGGAUCACCUUGUCCGCACAUUGAAUGGCAGUGGAGUUUUACGGUGUCGAGUU